AUGCAAGGUGAACGCAUUAAACAUACUGAGAGUCCCACGAUGGAUGAGCUCCGACGGGCUAUUCCGGAGCAUUGCUUCCAGAGAUCAAGCAUAGUAUCCUUUGGUUAUCUUGCGCGUGAUCUCUUUUAUGCCUCUGCUCUGGUCCUCUGGGCGAUGCGGAUUCCCUCUAUCCAGAAUACUGCUCUCCGGAUCCUCGCCUGGAUAGUCUAUGGAUUCCUGCAGGGACUUGUGGGGACAGGGAUUUGGAUACUUGCUCAUGAGUGUGGCCAUGACGCCUUCUCCUGUAGCCCUGCUCUUAAUAACGUUCUCGGGUGGGCUCUUCAUUCGUCACUUCUAGUGCCUUAUUUUUCCUGGAAGAUAACACAUUCACGCCACCAUCGAUACACCGGACAUAUGGAGAAGGACACUGCCUUUGUUCCCAUCACGAAAGAAGAUUUUGCAGAGAAACAUGGUGUGCACACCAAUGCUGUUGGGGGCUUGAUGCAGGAUACUCCCGUGAUGACGCUCGUGCACCUUAUCGGCCAUCAACUAGUCGGAUGGCAGCUCUAUCUUUUCCUCUACGAAACUGGGGGAAAGUGUAGCAUUCCAGUCUCCCAGGGCGAUGCUGCUCAAAUAGGGUCCCUUUCCCAUUUCGAUCCUUCUAGCCCUAUCUUCACCCGGAAACAGCGGUCCGUGAUCUUGCUCUCUGACCUGGGAAUUCUGAUCAUGGCCAUAAUCUUCUUCCACUUGGGAAGAACCUUGGGAUAUUUCAACCUCGUCGCUCUUUAUUUUGUGCCCUAUCUUUGGGUUCACCACUGGCUGGUCGCAAUCACCUAUCUCCAUCACACUCACCCAAAAAUACCACACUACGCUGCAGCCACCUGGUCUUUCAAGAGGGGAGCCCUAGGCACUGUGGAUCGUAGCUUCGGCUUCAUUGGUCGUCAUUUCUUCCAUGAUAUCAUCGAUCACCACGUCAUCCACCAUCUUUUUCCACGAAUCCCUUUCUAUAUGGCCGAGGAGGCAACAGCAGCGAUCAAACCCCUUCUUGGAGCCAGUUACAUCGAGCGGAAAAAGGAAAACUUCCUCGUUUCACUUUGGCAGACGUUCCGAGAGUGCCACUUUCUCAUCAUGACCUAUCCUACCAAGGCUGAGAUCCUCUCGAUCUUUGGGGAAUUGGCUAAAGCGCCUGUGGGUUACGAGUCGUUCUUCACCCACGUCGACGACGGGGUGCGAUGGGAGCUCACAGGGCAGCACGCUCUCUCGGGUGUGUGGAGAUCGAAAGCGGAGUUCCUAAGUGCGGUAUGGCGGCCCAUCAUCGAGCUGAUGGCCGAACCAGGACCGAUGCUGGAGGUGGUAUUCGCGGAAAGCAUCACGACCAACGAGGAAGGAUGGACCGUCGUUGAACUCCAGACCAAAGACACCCGCACCAAAGUGGGCCACCGCCUGUACAGCCAGCAUUACUGCUGGCUCUGCAAGUUCCACCCCACCACCAAAAAGAUUGUCGAGGUCCGGGCGUUCAUCGAUUCUAGCACCGCCGAGGCUGUUCUCGCGGAUGAACCAAGGGAUGAUCCUACCGCAAUUUGGUCGACUGGAGAACCGGCGUAUCCUCCGAUGACCCCGUUUGAUCUCUCCUUAAAGCGGUUUCUGCAUAGUUUUUAUCUCCUCACAGAUGUAGCAGGUGAGAUUGAAAAGUACUUGCAGUGUUUCACGCCCGAUGCCCUGGUGCUCAUCGGAGCCAGGGAAAUCAGGGGAAGAGAAGGCAUCCGCGCUCUGCGAACCUCCAUGUGGGAAACCGUCAAGAAACGAACGCAUCGGCCCAAGCAGGUAUUCCCGUAUGGCCCCCAUGCAGCCGCGGCCAUGGUCUAUGGGACCGUUGACUACGUGUUCCACGAUGACUCUCUAAAGAGCAUUGAUUGGGCUGCAAGAUGUGAAUUUGCCAUCCAUGGGCUCGACCAGGUGUAUCUGCAAUGCUAUCAGGUUUUUCUGGCGGAAAAUUUAGCUUGGAAGAAGGCGACGGUGGACUUGUAA